ACUGUGCCCUGCAGACAGCUCGUAGUAAGGGCGGGCUGACUGACUCAACCUGCCACUCCCCGCUCAGGCCUUCACGGGUGCGCGCCUCCGCUCCUGCGCACUGUCACGCUCCACUACCAACAGGCACGGAAUUCCAGGGAGGAAGUCACUGAGAUUGGGAAACGAACAACAACUCCAUAUAUACGUGCCAUUAAAAAAAAAAAAAACUAAACUAACCUGGAGACGGGAGGAAGUUGAAACAAACAAGGCCAUUCCUCGUUGGGAACAGUUAAAAAUAACAGUUGGAAUAUGGAGUAGAAGAGCCGGCUCGCAGCUGCAGAUGGAGGCGGUGAGAAGUUUGGUGUUUGUCGGGGCCGUGCUGCUCGGAGUGACGGGCGCGUUGGGCAGAGAAGUGUGCCUGGGUACAGACAUGAAGCUGGCCUUGCCCUCCAGCCUGGAAAAUCACUAUGAGACCCUGAAGCUGCUCUACACCGGCUGCCAAGUCGUCCAUGGCAACCUGGAGAUUACACACCUUCACGGAGAUCCCGACCUCUCCUUCCUGCAGGGGAUUGUGGAGGUACAGGGCUAUGUACUCGUAGCACAUGUGUCCGUGAGUCUGGUGCCUUUGGAAAACCUUCGGAUCAUAAGAGGCAGCCAGUUGUACAAUUCCAGCUACGCCCUAGCUGUGCUGGAUAACACACUGAAUGGACAGGGGCUCCGGACACUUCGCCUUCGUAGCCUCACAGAGAUCCUGUUGGGUGGGGUGUAUAUUUGGGGGAACCCCCAGCUGUGCUUCCCAGACCCCCAGAACAUCACAUGGAGGGACAUUUUGGACGAGCAGAAUGUCCAUGACAGGCAGCACCGGCUGCAGGCUCGGGCCCCUAAAUGUCCAAAGUGUUCUUCUAAAUGUGGGAACAAGCACUGCUGGGGAGAAACUGCAGAAGACUGCCAGACCUGGACUCAUAUUAACUGUGCGUCUGGCUGUCAGCGGUGUAAAGGUACUCUUUCUAAUGACUGCUGUCACAUUCAGUGUGCUGCUGGAUGCACAGGACCAAAAGACUCAGACUGUCUGGCUUGUCGUCACUUCAAUGACAGUGGUGUGUGUAAGGAGAACUGUCCUCCGCCUACUAUUUAUGACCCUGUCACCUUUCAAACCAAACCCAACCCAAACAAGAAGUUCAACUUUGGAGCCACCUGUGUCAAGACGUGUCCUUAUAACUACGUGGCUAUGGAAGUGGCUUGUACUUUGGUUUGUCCCAAAGCAAACCAGGAAGUUAUCAUCUCCCAUCCUGACGGAAAUGAGACGCAGAAAUGUGAAAAGUGUGAAGGAGACUGUCCCAAAGUGUGUUAUGGUCUGGGUAUGGACAACCAUGGUGUCAUGGACAACCAUGGCAUCACCAUGGUAACAUCUUCUAAUGUGGAGCAGUUCAACAAGUGUAAGAAGAUUUUUGGUAGUCUGGCCUUCCUCCCUCAGAGCUUCACAAUGGACCCUGUGACCAACACAUCCGGCCUGAGCCUCGAGCAGCUGAGCGAAUUCAAGAAACUAGAGGAGAUUACAGGUUAUUUGUACAUUGAUGCCUGGCCGGAAGAGUGGGCUAAUCUGAGUGUGUUUGAGAACCUGAAGGUGAUCAGAGGCCGGAUGCUGUACAAGGGUGUAUUCUCACUUGCCAUCCAGAAUCUGCACAUCGAAUCUCUUGGGUUGCGUUCACUACGCAGCGUCAGUGGAGGUUUGGUCAUGUUGUACAACAAUUCCCGGCUGUGCUACACCAGUUCAUUGCCCUGGGACAGUCUCCUCCAUCCCACUCAGGGACCUCACCGCAUCGUCAGGAACAACCAGAACCCCCAAGUCUGUGAGGAAGAGGGGCAGGUUUGUCAUCCGCUGUGUGAGGGGGGCUGCUGGGGCCCAGGGCCCAGCCAAUGUGUAUCCUGCAAGGCUUACCAACGUGGCACUGAGUGUGUGGAGCAGUGUGACAUCUAUCAGGGGUCUGUACGUGAAUACACAGAUAGAUCUUUGUGUGUUGCCUGUCACGCAGAGUGUCAACCUCUCAAUGGCUCUGCCUCCUGUCACGGCCCGGGCGCAGAACAUUGUGCAGAGUGUCGAAACUUCCAGGAUGGUGAGUUCUGCGUGGAUCAUUGUCCCAGCGGGGUGAAGGAGGAUCAGCAAACUGUGUGGAAGUACAGCAAUGCUACAAGACACUGUCUGCCCUGCAACACCAACUGCACACUGUUAUGCACUGUGAUGGAUGAGAGAGGCUGCCCCAUUGACACCAGGACAGGACCGGGCACAACAAUCGCGGCUGCAGUGGGUGGAGUGGUGCUCUUCUUCAUCCUGCUGGCUCUGCUGGUCUUUUACCUGAGGAGACAGAAGAAGCUGAAGAGGAAGGAGACAAUGAGGAGGAUCCUGCAAGAACACGAGCUGGUGGAGCCUCUAACACCCAGUGGUGCGUCACCCAAUCAAGCUCAGAUGCGCAUCCUGAAGGAGACUGAGUUGAAGAAACUCAGGGUUCUGGGUGCAGGAGCCUUUGGUACUGUUUACAAGGGGGUCUGGGCUCCUGAGGGGGAAAAUGUGAAGAUACCAGUAGCCAUUAAGGUGUUACGAGAAAACACCUCCCCCAAGGCCAAUAAGGAGAUCCUUGAUGAGGCCUAUGUGAUGGCGGGAGUGGUCAGCCCCUACGUGUGUCGUCUGCUGGGGAUUUGUCUGACCUCUACGGUGCAGCUGGUCACUCAGCUGAUGCCAUACGGCUGCCUUCUCGACUACGUGAGGGAGAAUAAGGACCGCGUCGGCUCCCAGUUCCUCCUCAACUGGUGUGUCCAGAUCGCCAAGGGAAUGAAUUAUCUGGAGGAAGUCCGGCUGGUCCACAGAGACUUAGCCGCCCGCAAUGUUUUGGUCAAGAACCCAAACCACGUGAAGAUCACCGACUUCGGUCUGGCUCGUCUGCUCGAUAUAGACGAGACUGAAUAUCAUGCUGACGGAGGGAAGGUGCCGAUUAAAUGGAUGGCGCUCGAGUCAAUUCUCCACAGAAAGUUCACUCAUCAGAGCGACGUCUGGAGCUAUGGGGUGACGGUCUGGGAGCUUAUGACGUUCGGUGCUAAGCCUUACGACAUGAUUCCAGCAAGAGAUAUUCCAGAUGUUUUAGAGGGAGGAGAACGACUUCCGCAGCCCCUCAUCUGCACCAUCGACGUCUACAUGAUCAUGGUCAAAUGUUGGAUGAUUGACCCAGACAGCAGACCGAGGUUCAGAGAUCUGGUGAAUGAUUUUACUAGCAUGGCCAGAGAUCCUCCUCGCUAUGUAGUCAUUCAGAACGACGAGCAGAUGAGCCUGUCCAGCCCAGUGGACAGCCAGUUUUUCCGGAUGCUUAUGGAGGAGGAAGGUAACAAUAUGAGAGAACUGCUGGAUGCUGAGGAGUAUCUGGUGCCUCAGCCAAACCUCUUCCCCAGGACUCAGGGAGACGGGAUUCAAGCCAACGGGCCAUCCAGACACCAGUCGUACAGGCAGAGCAGAGAUCAGGGCUUAGAUGUUGAUCCCUCCGUCGUCAGCGUUCCUCGCAGCAUGUACUCCUCUCUGAGCACUCUUGGCCAGAGCCAGUAUCCUACCCUGCCUUUAGGAGCAAGCACCUCCAACGGCAUAUGGACGCCUCAGUACCCAAUGCUGGCUCGCAGUCCAUCAGCUGGAGGCCAGUCUGACUCAGUCUUUCUGGAUGGACCAGGAGACGACCCCUCGCUGCCCCCGGCGAGCCCCGGACGCUACUGCAAAGACCCCACCUACUCUAAUGGGAGCCAGGGCGACCUGGAGAUAGACGGGCCAAGAGGCUUUCAUCAUCCUCAUUACUCACUGCCCAGAUGGAAUCAUGGGUAUAAUCAUAGUCAUGCCUUGCCAGAGUACAUCAACCAGGAGAUUCAGGAUCUCAGACCGGGGAUCCCCGAGCGGCCCAGUACGCUGCCUCGUAAAGGCUCCAGAAUAGACAGACGCCUGCCUAACGGCCUGAGCUCUGGUCACAGCGUAGAAAACCCAGGAUAUUUGGUCCCCAUGGGUGCCGGGGUCUCCACAUCUCCAGCCUUUGAUAACCCAUACUACUUGGACCAUGUGGCCAAAGCAAAAGCAGUAGCUGGGGCUGCAGACGGUCCCGAAGCACUUGAGAGAGACGGAGGAGUGCCCAGGCAUGUGAACGGGUUUGUGACCCCCACGGCAGAGAAUCCAGAGUAUCUGGGACUAGCAGACACCUGGAGUGGAUAUACUUGAGGAAAGACAGUCAGAGUAACAUGAUGAACUCAAGAGGAGUCACAGAUUGUGUUCUAGCGAGAGAAAGGGAAGAUAUAAUAUUUGUGUGAGGGUGUGUGUGUGAUUGGGAAUAGUACGUGCAUGUGGAAGUGAAUCUUCUCUCAACAUCGAGUGAAGCACCCGAAUCCAAACUGGUCGAGGUUGUCCAGCAAAAGUCGCCAAAUCGCCCGGUUGUGACACGCCACGACUCAACACAGUGUAGCAUUAAUCUGGUGUCUGUGGCAUCAUUUGUAUUCCUGUCUUCCUCUCAGCAAUCUGCACUCUCUAUGUGACUGUUAAGUGCCAAAAAAAGUCACUCAGCCUCUGUAUGUAACUCAGUACUUGAUACACAAAGGAGUUCACAUUUGUCAAAACCCAUCAUGGUACGAGAAGGGUCUGAUUAUCACAGAAUCCACCAUUUGACUGGAUUAAUGAAUGCUGAUUUUUUAAAAUGUUCUUUUAAUUAGUUUAAUGUCUGUUUCUACUUUGUGAAGCAUUUUUUUGUAUUCUCUUCAGUUCCCUUGUGGGUCUUCAUAUGCUACCCAGCCCAGCUAAACAGAGACAAAAACAUAUAGAACACUUUGACAAAGUGAGCCUCGACGUGCAUUGAAGGUGAUGUUUAGUAUUCUGGUCACUUUGUCUCUGACCUGAUGGGGGUCUUCAGCACACUCAAAGCCAUUUAGUUUUGGCCAGAGGAGGCCCUGCAGCCCAUCUGGCCAGUCGACAUGCUCCCUGAAAGAAAGGCAUCCUGUAUGGAGAAGACAGAGGCAUUGUGCCACGCUGAUGCAUGUGGUUGUUAGUGUCUGUGGCUGCAGCUACUUUGUGGUACAACAGAUGAGAUACGAGGUACUCGCAGACUUUUUAAGCUGCAAAAAUCUCAAAAAACCUACGUUUUGUCUGAAAGACAAAGUGUACUGGUAACUAAGUUAGAGCCAACUUUUCAGGGAUUUACAAUUCUGCAAAGAAUUGGGGGAGAUUAUGUGCAAUUUAAAUCAUGCACAAUGCACUACAUGUUAGAAUACUGUAUAUGCCCCCCAGGCUUGUGUUAUCACAAUGAGCCUUUUGGUUUUGGUGGUCUUUCACUGUGCAAGAAAGCACUGCAAGCUAUUAGUGAGUAUAUUCCACAAGAAGUGAAGAAUUUGCAUGUGUAUAUGUACAUGUGUGUUUGCCAAACUUUAUGGGACGAAAAGCACUUCUGCUGUUUCUGUAAAAGUGAACAACGCACUCGACACUGGGGCUGAAUGUGAAUGUGAGGAAGCAGAAACAUUGCUCUGCUCGGUUUGGAUAAUCAAUGCAUGGCUCAAAUUCCACUCAGUGAGAACACACUGGCAUCCCAGUUAAUAAUCAACAGCAUUUUUUUGAAGAGUGUUUCUUUUUUUUUUUUCCAUGUUAACUGGUGUUGGACUGGGGGAGGUCAAAAGCAAGUCAAUGGAGCCAUUGUCUGACCCUCAUGUCCUUGUUGGAAAGUCAGCGCUCUCCCAACUCGCACGUCCCGACCACUGAUGUUGUCACAGCUUUGAAAAGAGACAACUGGAGUUUUCCUCUACAGAGGUUUGGAGCUUGUCGGCAGAAUGUGGAUCAAGAUUUGGGGCUCGAAAUCCCAAACAAGUCUUGAAACGAUUAUUUGGGUUGUUGAAAUGUGUACAACCCUACACAAACCUCCUCCCCUCUUCAUCAACAGAUCAGCUUUACUCUGAAAGUCUUUGGGAAAAUUUCUUUUAACUUGAUGUUCUCAUACGGGUUUUGAAGAGUUUUGUUCCAGAAAAGGAUCUCGAAAAAUGAUACCUGAUUUUAUAUAACAAUUUCUUACAUAAGAGUAAGUUCUAUUUUAAUACACUGUCAUAUACUAAGGAUGGAAUCAUUAUUGAGUGAUAAGAUUCAU